AUGUCACCUCUCCCACCUCCAUCUCCAAUUCCACCUUCACCUCUACCUCAACCCCCAGCGCAGAGGCAUAUCCGACACCCACCCCAACCCCCACGGCAAACCACACCGGUCUCUCUCAACCAAAUUAUCAUAUCAAAGCUUGCUACGAAUCGAGAAGUUCCAGCACCUGAUGCAAAAGAUCAGGUCUCCAGUAAAUCAACAAAGCAACCAAUACUCCGGCAACCUCAACGGACCAAGCCACUUAUAUGGUGUUGUGCAAUUGUGUGUCUCAUAUUCAGCCUUAUUCUUAUCAUCUUUGGAAUUGCAACUUUGAUCAUCUUCCUAGUUGUUAAACCAAGAACUCCAUUGUUUGACAUCCCCAAUGCACGCCUCAACACCAUCUACUUUGACUCGCCAGAGUAUUUCAAUGGUGACUUCACUUUCCUGGCAAAUUUCUCCAACCCAAAUCGGAAAAUCGAUAUAAGAUUUGAGUAUCUGGAUCUGGAGCUUUACUUUUCUGACAGGCUCAUAGCAACUCAAUCUCUUGGACCUUUCACUCAAAGACCUGGAGAAGGAAGGUUGGGAUCAGUUCGCUUAAUAUCAAGCUUGGUUUACUUGCCUGAGAAUCACGCUGUGGCUCUUCGAACACAGGUGCAGAACAAUAGGGUCAACUAUAAUAUAAGAGGAACAUUUAAAGUGAGAGCCACUCUAGGAAUGAUCCAUUUUUCUUACUGGUUGCAUAGCAGAUGCCAAUUACAGAUGACAGGCCCACCAACUGGUGUUUUAGUUGCUCGAAGUUGCAAAACUAAAAGAUGA